AUGGGAUUUUAAUAGAGAUAGAGAUCCACGUGAAUCGAAUCGAUCUCUGUUUAUCGAUGCGCGACAGUGCACUCUAACGCUUCUUUGUGUAAUUCCUAGCGCGAGUAUUUUCCACAGCUCUGGAAAAUACUGCGAACUUCUCUAUGCAUGAAGUAAUCUUCAGCUACUCUCGGCACGUUCUUCAAGAAAGUUAUUGUUUUAAAGAAGCAAGUUAAUUAAUAUAACUUUGCUUUCUGUUUAAGUGAGAUUUACUUCGAUAGAAAUUACUUAAACUAAAAUAAAAGUUAAGAUAAAAGUUUUGUUAAUAAAAUCGCAAACGUGCAAAUAAGCUGAUAAAAUUUUGUUUUUGUUUAGUUUAGAAAAUUUAUAUUACGCGAAGAAGUUUUAUACAUGCGCAACCGUUUAUUAUAUAUUAUAAUAUACAAUUAUUUGCUAUAUAUUAUAAUUAAACUUAUACAUAUAUGUAUUAUAAGCUUGAAUAUUCGUCCAACCGUUAAUCCAGAACCAAUAUCCGUGCUCUCCUAAUCGGUGCGCAGUGUAUUGAACGUUACAUGGCCUCGAACGCGUGUUUCAACAAGUAAUGCAUCAUGAUUCGACAUUUAACCAGGGCUCCGGAAACGAGAUUAUUCCGUUUAACAUUAAUCGCGGAUUGGUGAUUUCGUAAUAAAUAGUACAAUAGUUUUAUCUAAUUAGCCAAAUAUGUAUAAUAAUUAGAUAACGUAGUGUUGUAUUAUAAAUCACAGUAUAUGACAAUAAUGAUAUAAAAAUAUUAAAUCAAAUAAUCUGCAGUGAUCAAAACACUUAAGUUAAAUGUUUGAUCCGCAAAUAAAUAAUAUAAAUAUGUAGAAAAUUAUAUAUAUGUAUAAAUUAUCUCUAUAUGCAUAUAUCUGUACCUUGUUUAAUGUAAAUCUGUAUUUUCAGAAUGUCGUUUAUUUGCAGUCACUGCUUGGCUUGCUAAGAUUGAUACGUGGCGCGUUAAACGUAGCAAAUUUCGAACAUGAAUCUGUUUGCACACGGCAUGACUUGCGAUUUGACGUUCGAUCGUUGUACUGCCAAACGCAGACGAGCCGGCUGCGUUUAACGUCACCGUUUCCGUAUACGCGUCCAUGUGCCCCCGCAUGGGAGCAGAUAUUACGGUAAUUAGUAUUCGGCGAAACGUGUCGGUAGGCUAAAACUUUACUCCGUUUUCUAUCUCCGCUCGUCUGGACCGCUGCCAGGAUAAUUUUAGCUUUUAUUCGACGCUCAAUAGUCUAUUUUAAUUCCGUGAAAGCGGAGCAUAAAAUGUGACAGACGGCGCUAGAUUUACAUAAAGUUUACGUAUCCGCGUAACUACUAGCGGCGAGCCGCCGGCUAUCUAUAUAGGCGUCCUAUAUAUGUAGUUCCACGGAGACUGUAAAUCCGGCUCUCUCCCGUCAGACCGCAAAUUGGAUCGACUAUUGGACGUGUAUUGGAAUAUCUGUCAAAAACCACGACCCACUGUAAUGAACAUCUCUUUUUGCUAGCGUCCGACUGUAAACUGCUAGUUGUUCCAGCCGUGUCGAAAAUGCUUAAAACUGCCAGCAGACCACAGUGUCCGCGGAAACUAUCGCCGGAUAACAUUCACGCGGUGCAACAAGGCAGAUGACUCAGAAAAUAAUCGAUGCGAGUUGUGUAGUUCAUACGUGUAUCUAACAAUCAUGCAGUUUCGUAAUUACGGCAAAUGUUAUUAACAAAUAAAUACAUAUGAUCCAUCUAUAAAAUCCUCAGAGACGCUAAUGACAUGACAAAUGAUCGUGUCGAUGAUUAAUCAGCUGUUCUCCAAUACAAACUGAAAAGACACGAUGAAUCUAUUAAAUUCCGAUUAUAAUCUCAUUUCAUGUUUACGGUAACAAUUAAUUAUUUGCUCGAUUAGUAGGCUCUUCGAAUUACCGUGUUCUCGCUAGGAACGUGCUGAUCUAAACUCCGAAGCUCACGUUAGCAGACUUUCUCCCGACGACGUCGCAUGCAAGUCGAAAGCUUGCCUGCAAGCUCGCCCGACGAAUCUAACCCUUAUUAAUGAUUAAACCACACCCCAUGAUGACCCGCUGCCAAACUCGUGCGUCUAUGACAGCCCGGAGGCGGAGCGACGACAGGCCCGACGGUGAUUUUGGCCGGUCGCGAUUGGCUAGGCGUUCUUAAAAAUAGUCAGCCUGGGUGUGACCGCGACGACACAUGUAACGCGUAAAGUAUCCCGACGCGUCUUUCCGGGCACGAGUGUGCGUACGCGCGAGCUUGACGACGCACUCGCGCGCGUCAAGAGUGCCAUGUGCUGGUGGGACUGAUACCGCGGAGGAUGUUGAGUCUUGAGCCGUUCUGAUCCUCGACCACCCCGAGGUUUCCGGAUCUGUCUGUGUUUGGUCCGACCACCCCAUUCGAAUAGUCGCGUAAGAACUCCGCGGAAAGCCCCCCCUGCUCUGGUUAAUCGCGAUUAAUCGUAAUCCCUUUUUGCACCUCGUGUGUUUCGGCAUUAGGUGGAGUACCUAAUCCGGAGGUGGAAGAGUGCGGUUUAUUCCACUUUCUUUCUUUCGUCUUCGCUUCUUUCGCGCGAUCUCUGUAGAUGUUGUGUCGGAAGUGCGGACUUCGUGUUACCAUCCGCUUCGAAGUUGCAGUGUGCGAUCGUGUUCAAUCGAUGGAGUUAUGUAUUCCACAGUCGUUCUAUCGUUCUCCUUAGUCAUUCGAGAUUUGAGCCUUUGUCUCGAUUUCUGACUAAAAUUACUUGGAUCAGGCCGGUUGUCUGCAAAGAUCGCCGCGCGGUGGAAAAACAGGGAACGAUAAAGUAAGUUGAGAAACUUAAAUAGCGAAGGAGGCGGAGGAGGAAGCUUGGUGUUUUCAGCGAAUCAGGGCGGAAGGCUGCGCGCCUUGGACGAAAUUGGCCAGGAAUGUCUCGGCGAAGUUAACGAAGAAGUUAAGAAGAGUUAAGCCCAUCCAUCGAGUGCGUCCGUGUCUUCAGCGAGAUUGGUGACUCGUUGACUGGACUACGCUAUCUCGCCGCGAAGAGCAAAAAAGGGAAAUUAGUCGCUAUCGCGGCGAGUAAAGCGGACGACAGAGAAGAACACGCUAUCACGGUUCUCCAAGAAUCUACCUACAGUAUCUGCUAGCUCUACUGCACAUCAGCUAAUCUUUUCUAUACGACAUCCAACGCUAGCGCAACCGCGAUCAUAUCUUCUUCGAGAAUCGAUGAGCCGAUAAUCAAACACAAGUGACGAAGUCAACAUUAAAUGGUUCUCUCAUGAGGAAUUUGGCGACCUCAGAAUACAGAUGAUGCUAGUCGAGAGUAAAUCAAAUUAAACUACGCACGAUUUCUCGACUGGGGGUGGUCCGGAAGACCGGAAGACAGCUAAGCUCGUGAUGAGCUCGCACGAGGGUGAACGCGUAGAUGAUCGGUGCGUGUCGACAGCAGCAAAUCUUUCGAAUUCUGAAUGAUCGGGCUGUGUGAUCGGCGAGAUCGCGAAUGUACGUUCGCCCGGCAAAUUGCGUGAAAUGAUGACCCUCGUGACGGACGCGGUGCCCUACGCCUACGAAGCGGUUACGCGCUCGCCCUACGACGGUUACCGUCAUCAUCUGCAUCACCACCAUCACCAUCACCAUCAUCUUCAUCCCCAUCGGUAUCGGCGCGUCUACGCUCCCGCGGAAUCCGAGUACUUGCAGGAUUACGCCAGCAGGAGGGACCCGAACGAUCGCGCGAGCGUUAUCGGCACCAACGUUGCUUUGACAGCUUCGGCUAGCUCGCUAAAUUAUUGUAACGAGCGAAUCAGGUCGCAAUCUCGGUACACUCUCGAUUCGGACGAUGCAUCGUCGGUGAUAUCGGCAGAUGCUUCGGCCGAUCUCGAGUCCGGUUCUGCAGACGCUGACGAGACCAACGAGACCAACGAUACCAGUGAGACCAAUGAGACGAGCGGAGCGAACGAGGGCGAGUCGAUCGAGCAUGUACCUCACCCUCACGUUUUAGACUCUGGCUCCCCUCAUGGACCGCGCAGGUGUCUCCUGUGGGCUUGCAAGGCUUGCAAGAAGAAGACGGUUACUGUCGAUCGAAGGAAGGCUGCUACCCUCCGCGAGAGACGGCGUUUGAGGAAGGUCAACGAAGCCUUUGAGGUGCUCAAGAGGAGAACGAGCAACAACCCUAACCAGCGUUUACCGAAAGUAGAGAUACUGCGAAACGCCAUUGAAUAUAUCGAGAAUCUCGAAACAUUGCUGCAAGGAAACCGUCCCUCUGGUCAUCAGGAUCAUCCUUCCGCCGAGAGCAUGAAUGGAGAGUCGCCGCAGUACGUGACGGACAGACUUCGGCAAUUCUCGGAUCCUUUGGCAAGGUUUCAACCAAUUAACGGUUUCGAGCAAGCCGAGGCGUUAUCUUCGCAAAAUAACGGGAGCAGCUUGGAUUGCCUUAGUAUGAUCGUGCAGAGCAUUAAUGGGCCGUUACAACCGUCGCCCGAGGGUCAUUAUUCGUCGCAUCACUGAGUCUGUAUAGUACCGGAAUUAUCCCCUCGGAUCAACCUUUUCUUUCAGCUGUUACGACAGCGAUAUGUGUCACUCAAUAUUUCAAAUGAAUACGUGGAUGCAGCCGAAAACCUGGCUAUCUUUUCUAUCGUAAUCCGGCUGUAUUGCACAUACAGUGUGUUCUAGAAAUCGUGAAAAGCUUAUUUUGAGUCAUUUACGAAGCGGAGAAUAAAUAAUAACGACUGUCUCAAUAUAAUUAUACAUAAUAUUAUGUAGAAUCAAGAAUUUUGAAACAAAUUAAAGCAAAUUUUCAACAAAUGGAGGUAGAAAUUUUAUUUUCAAAUAAAUCCUAUCAUCAUAAUUAAUUUUUUCAAUAUUCUUGCUAAAAGGAUAUAUAUUUCAGCUCAAUCAUUUAGAAUCGGUGACAGAGUUUUGAGAAAUGAUGUCCGCAGUUAAGAAAAAUGAUAAAACAAGAUGAUUUAAAUUGGUCUAAAGAAUACUUUAUUGAAAAACAAUGCAUGAUUUCUCGAACACCGUGUAUUCUAAUGGGUAUGAGAAACAUAUUCGCACGAAUUUUAUCGAAGCAGGAAUUAUGGACAAUGCGAGCGAUUAAUGAGUCCCGGAUAUUCGACAGGCAGAUAUACGUUAUAGAUUUUCGAUUGUUGUCAAUAAGUCUAUGCGACAUAUUGAAAGUGCCAUGAGGUAGUCAAAUAUUUUAUCGAUACCAAAGGAAAAUAUUUUAAAAGCUAAUUUUAGCCUUUGCGAACAUAACUUAAGAUAUUAACUUAAGAUAUAAUAAAUACGCGAAAGGGUGAGAAAAGAUGAAGAUUCAUAACGAAGUAAACGUUUCCUAAAGUCAUUAGUGUUGCGAUUUUACAAUUAUUUUAAUUUUAGGUACUUGAAGUAAGCAAAUAUAUGAUAUUAAUAUCGCCAAUAUGGACUUUUAAAAGAAUAAUCUUCGAGAUUCGUUUGGCUUUUCCUAACAAAAUGCACAACAAUGUAGAUGCAAAAGUAUUUUUUAUCUCUUAAUGUUUUGCAACGCGCAAUCGAGAUUUACUGUACUCAUUCUCAGAAAUACUAAAAAGAAAUACUAAAUUUUCUUUUUUCGUUUCUAUAAUAGUAACAUGAUGCUCUUUCCCUCUUUCUUUGAACGAAUAGCGGCUCCUAAUUAUCCAUAUCCAAGAUCGUUUCGUCGCGUCUACAUCGUUUUGCAUUUCAUGUUUAAAAUUAUGAGCUCAAUUCUCGAUGCGUCAAAGGAUCCUUAUGCUGCCUUAUGAAAGUUUCAUGUGAGAUAUUUGCGUCUCGACGUGCUCAACAAUUUCUUCGGAACAAAUCGUCGAACUUUUCAUGUGCCUACGAGCCAGCAUAUCGAACAUGUAAUACGUGAACGAGCUUUGUCAAUACCGCGACACACACACACACACACACACACACACACACACACACACACAGAGUGUAAAUAUGUGGAAUAAUGAAACAAUAAAGAGGAACAACGGGAAAGCACAGAUGUUCUCUUCAUCCGACAUUUUCGACGGUGUUCGCGCUUGCACUAGAUUUUCAGUAGCCUGCAUGCUCCUCUCCGCAUUCCCUUUAACGAGCUCUCGUCGGAUAGAGGUAGUCGAGAGCCAUUUAUCAGACAGUGGAUAAUUAAUCAGCCGGCUAACCAACACCGUGCUAUUAAGAACCACAUAUUUUAGCGCUACGUCUUAGCGGCUACGUGCUCGUCAUAUGUGAUUGAUGGCGUAUCGUUUGUAAACGUUUAACGCGUGUCCGACCAUCCACACAUUGAUCUUUCAGCCAUUCUUCAAAUCAUCCAUCAAAUCUCCGUGAUUCCUAAGUGAUCGGUCCGGAAGCGAGGAUUUCAACGGGAGGAAUGUAUGCGCAUGAAUAUACCAUAGAAUUCGCGCAGAACCAGUUAAAGAGACGCGAAAAAGAUUGUUGGAAACCACUGUGCCCGCGUCUUUACGGCGCGGGCGUCAUUUCGGACUCCGCCAUCCGAGGAAAACGAAAUAAGAUGUCAGCUGUCGCUUCCACUCGAAGUGUCACUUCCUGUCACAUUCUUACUAAAACGGAAAUCUCGAGUGCUUUAAGUGCCGUUAAAAAUGGCCCCUUUCGAUGCACGCUACUUCGCGAAAAGCUGUAUGAACAGACAUUUGCAUUACACUCCGUGAACCCUCAAAUUUCCUUCGAUUCAGUUUCAAUAAAUUAUUAUAAUAAUAAUCAUCCAAUCAUUCUCAAUGAUAUUGAUCACAAGUAACCACGCUUAUCAGAUACGAAACAGAGAUUAAAAAAAAGAAUUAAUUACGUAGGAAAGUCUCGUGGAUUGCGUCGAAAUCGGAUACUUCCGCUUUCUGCAUAUUCGUAUCGCUUUCAUUCACACGAUCCAUCGCUUAGCAUCCUGUUUGACCGGCCAAGCCGAUGAUCGUGUCACUAAGGACAGCCGAAAUUGCCGUCGAUUUAUGGGAGACACACGGGGAAUCUCGCCACUCAUGAGAGCGACACGGGAAAUCGGAGCAUUGGAAUUUCGGGGGGGGAGGUGGAAGGAAAGUGGGGGAGGGGUGAGACCGGACAUACACUCCGGGGGCGGCAAACCCCGAGAGCUUGUCACAGUGUCGUGUCGCAGAGCUCCAUUUGCCCUCCGGGAUAUCGGCACGUUUUCAAAACAGGACACGGUCCUACGGAGCACGUCGAAUGCAUCUGCGCCCAUCCGUCACGUCGCGCUAUUAACGGCAAAUUUAGAAUCAGGGAUUCUUAUGGGGAUUCCGGCCGCUCUGUUUUUCCCAUAUCUCGUAAGUACCGUCAUAUAUAUACAUCACGGGUGUUUUGCCGCGACGGAUCAUUGCCCGAUGCCGAUGUCGCUCUCAGCGAUUUGUGAGACACCCCUAGAAGACGCCGCGUGAUCCCCCUUUUAUAGACCCGAGGCCGAAUGGGGUUCACGCGGAGCCGCGAAGCGCUUCAUUAUUCCGAGCUUUCGCCGAGCCCUGUUAAAAGCUGCACUUGUGGAGACACAAAAGACGCAGCGAGGCAUACGAUGCAGACGAGAAAGGAUAUUCCUUUUUGAGGCACCUUCGUACGAUAGGGUGCUUUUGCAUUUUCUGUACAGAUUAGUAAUAAUUCGUUUAGCUUAAUUUAUACUUCUCUGGAACGCAUGAUUAUUUUACACAGCAAUCAGCAAUUUACACAAUUUCUGCGAUUGUAUAAAACAAAGCGAGGAGGAAGAGGAACAAAUAACGCGGAAAAAAAUAACGUGAUAAAUGCAAAAUUCGCUAUGUUUGCGUGUUUACGCUCGAUCGCAUUCAACGCUGGAUUGGAUCGCGCGGAUUGCGAAAUGGGAAAGAUGGCGUGAAUGAGUGUCGGUUAGCGUUUACGAUACGGAUUUCAUCGCUUCGGCAUGUCCCGUGGCCACAAUGCGGGAGUAAUCCAGUUGGUGCAACGCUGAUGCUGUUUGUUCCAGUUGCUUCGCGUGCGUGAAGUGUGAAUGAUCCUGACUGCAAACCGGCCACGUAUCCGCUAUACAUGGCUUGACGAUGUUGCAAAUACAGUUCGUCCAUUUCGAUUGUAGUUUUAUACUAUUUCCAUGUCUGGAAUGAAGUGUCUAGAAUGAAAGGAAUGAAGUAUUGUACUGUGCAAAUAUUGCCAAAAAAA